CCAUAUUUUAUUCGCCUUUAUUCAAGAUGGGCUUCGUAAGUGUUAACAAUAGCCAAAUCAUUAACAAGGCAUUCGGGCCCAAUCAACCCUUACAACAGAGAAUCUAUCAGGCUCUCGCGGCCUCGCCGGAUCUACGUCCUCUAUUCGAAGAUAUUGCAAAAUACGCCUCCGAUCUUCAAGAUGCCACCAGCAAUGCGGCUGCACCACCGCAACCUAGCCAGUCGCAAGCUCAACCGGUCUUAGGUGAAGGUCCCGCUCCUAAAAAACGUAAGAUUGCAAAUGGAGGAGAUUCUAUACGCUCUUCAUCCGCUCUGGCUGGGAUGACCCAGGAUGCAGACCUGCAGAUUUACGUCCAGGACAUGUCUUUCGCUGUGCCCCAGCGUAAGAAAUUACAAUUAGAGAUCACGCGUGCGCCAGGCAAUGUCGAGUACCUUAGGGCGAGAAAUCAAGCCUUGAAUAUGAUAGAAUUUGGGGUGCCUUUUCCAAAGAUUCAGCAUGUUCUGUGUCUUCCGGUGCCAGAAAAAUCUCAGAAGCAAUUCAAUUUCUGCAUAAUACCCGAGGGAAACGACGGAAUAUCAGCGGCUAAACCUGGAGAGCCGGUCUACGAAACUAUCGUUUGGACUGUCCCCGAUGGCCCACCCCGGACGGCAUUCUUGGGAUCAGGUACACCUGCUAUGGAAGGUGCUAGUUUGGCUGAGACAUAUCAGGGCUAUCUUCACAGUAUUCUGGACGAGAAGUUGAAGCAUACAAGAGUUAUUUGCCCGGAUGAAAAAGAGUUUGUGAGUGCUAUCCCAGAGCCUCAUCGAAAAGGGGAGAAGGCCUUUCAUGUCAAGGCAUUCCGUGGAAGUAAGGAAGGAUAUAUGUUCCUCCUAUCUACGGGCAUAUUCUUUGGCUUCAAGAAGCCCCUCAUCUUUUUCGCUUUCGACAAUAUUGAAUCGAUUUCAUACACUUCUGUCCUUCAAAGAACUUUCAACCUCAACAUCCUGACUCGUUCCUCAACCAAUCCUGACCAUAUGCAAGAGUUCGAGCUCUCCAUGAUCGACCAGGCGGACUAUCCAGGUAUCGACGCCUAUGUCAAGAAGCACCGUCUCCAGGAUGCUAGCCUAGCGGAAGCUCGACGUGCCAAAAGUCUUAAUAUUAAUGGUGAGAAGGGUGAAAACCAGGAAGCCCAUGCUGAAGGGACUGAAUCCGAAUUACUCAAGGCCCAGCGGGAGCUUGAAGAUCAGGAAGAUGAAGAGGAGGAGGACUAUGAUCCUGGAAGCGAUGGAGAUAGUGAUGGUAGUGGGACCAGUAGUGAAGAAGAGGAUGAUCAUUACGGUGAUGAAGAUCAUGGCGAAGGAAGGAACUUGGUCAAGGAGGAGUUGGGAAGUGAAGCGGAGGAUGUGGAGGUUUGAUUUCCCCUCAUAUUCAUACCCAUUUGCAAUCUCUUUUAUUCUUCCUGGAUCAUGGGGAAAAUCAAGGCCUUGGUAUAUAGUUAAAGAAUUUGGUU